AUGUUAUUAACAUCACUUAUUAUCCUUCUAUUCUGGAAUCACAAUGCAUCUUCCUUUAAUUUAGAAGAUAUAAAUUUGCCGUUGGAACAUAUCCCAUAUUUCUUUAAUUCAUUUCCUACUUAUGCUGAAUCUUGUUCGAAAGACGUUAACUGCCCAUAUACGUCAUUACUUACUAAAGAGGCUUGCUGGGGCUAUGAUACAAGCAAUUGUAGAAAAAAUAAUUCUUAUCAUGUGCGCCCUCGUUGCCCUGGAGAUCACAAAGGUUGGGUUAAAACGAAAGAAGCUCAGUAUGAAACAUUUUAUACACAGGCAGACUUUGGUUAUAUAAAAGAACAAAUUGAUGAGCUUAUGGUAAUGUGUGAAGCUUCUGUACCUGAUGAUAGUUCUCUUGAAUGCUCAAAAUAUUUGAGGUUCUGUAGAGGGAGAAAUCUUAUGCUUAAUUUUACUGGGCUCAUUGGUCGUGGAGAUAAUUUAAGAUACAAGAUGGAUAUCUUGGGUCCUAGACAAAUUGGAGGUCAUUGCAAUUUUUACGCAGACAGGUUAAUGAAGGAAGCUGAACACAUGAGUGCUCUGCAGUCUUGGGGUCCUGAAUUUGUUAAUUUUGUGAAAACUCCAGAGAGACCAAUUCCUGACGGGAAGUGUGAUAUUGUUAUAGAAAAACCAACUUAUAUAAUGAAGUUGGAUGCAACUGUGAACAUGUAUCAUCACUUUUGUGAUUUCUUUAAUCUGUAUGCAUCCCUGCAUGUCAACUCGACCCACCCAUCAACAUUUUCUAGAGAUAAUAACAUUCUCAUUUGGGAAACAUUUACAUAUACAUCAGCAUUUAAAGAUACAUUCAAAGCAUUCACAAUGAAUCCAAUAUGGGAUUUGAAAAGAUUCCGAGGCAAAGUUGCAUGUUUUAAGAAUGUUGUGUUUCCAUUAUUACCUCGCAUGAUUUUUGGACUGUAUUAUAAUACGCCUGUGAUAUAUGGCUGCGAAAGGAGCGGUUUAUUCCACGCUUUUUCAAAGCAUAUAAUACAUUCUUUAAAAAUACCAUUACAUGUACGUACAAAUGAUAAAGUAAGAGUGACUAUACUAUCAAGAGGGACGACUUACAGGAGUAUUUUAAAUGAAGAAGAGAUAAUAAGAGAGUUACUCAAAGUGAAAGAGUACCAUGUGGAAAGAGUGGUGUACGACAGAAAUGUGCCAUUUACAAAGCAAUUAGAGAUGACGCACAAUACAGAUGUGUUUAUAGGAAUGCAUGGAGCAGGAUUGACGCAUUUACUGUUUCUGCCUGAUUGGGCAUCAGUUUUUGAAGUUUAUAAUUGCGAGGAUCCCAACUGUUAUUCGGAUUUGGCAAGACUUCGUGGACUCAAAUAUGUGACGUGGACGGAUAAAAAUAAAUUAGUACAACAAGACGAAGGACACGGGCCAGGCGGUGCCUCUCAUGCGAAAUUCACAAAUUAUUCGUUUGAUGUGAAAGAAUUUCUGAGAUUGGUGGAAAUAUGCGCCUCGUACGUGCGACAACGAGACGAUUUCAAGAAUUUUAUUCACGCAUCGGUUUCUCGCGAUGAAUUAUAG